AUGGUCUAUGAAGGUGAAAAUUCAAAACCCACCCUUGUUGAUUUGAAGCCACCAUUCAUCUUCAAAAACAAUGUAAGCAACAUCGCACCUCAUGCUCAUUCCAACGACAUCAUCUACCUUGAACUGCUGAAUGCUCCCUACAACCCCAAUCAAAUGAUUCUCUGGAAUCCAGCCACCAGAGAGGUAAAGUUUCUUCCUUCCCCUCCUCCAAUGAAACCUGCACUUUGUAACUUCUUUCACGUGGCGCAUGAGUUCGGUUUUGAUCCCAAAACUAAUGACUACAAGGUCGUGAGCAUUGUAGUGGGUGUAGAAUUUUUCUUGGAGGAAUAUGAAAAGCUCAAUGGUCAAGUAUAUAGCCUUCGUUCUCAUUCAUGGAAAGUGGUUAACGUUGGUGUUUCUGCUAGAUACAUAGCUAAAUCCAUGUUUAAUGCUUAUUUACAUGGAGCUUAUCAUUGGUUAGCUGAAUCUGGUGGUGUUGAAUUUGUGCUGUGUUUUAACAUGAGCGAUGAUGUGUUUUGGAAAAUGAACCUGCCCAAAGUUAUAUCUCAGGAAGAGAACAACAAAUUUUACAUUAGGCAUUCAAAUAUUGUUGUUUUGAAUGAAUCUGUUUGUUAUCUUAGGGAGUAUAUGCGUUCUGAAUUUCAUUUUGAGAUUUUGAUGAUGAAUGAAUAUGGUGUAGAAGAGACUUGGGUGAAAAUGUUUAACCUUGUGCGUGGACCUUGUCCUGAAAUUCUUCUGGAGUUAUGGAAAGAAGACAAUGAUGAUGUUUUUGUGCUAGAAGGGGAAGAGUUUCAACCGUUGGUUUUGUACAUGAUUGGUGAACAAAAGGUUGUGAAAGAGUUUCCUCUUCGCUUAGGAAUUGAGCAACGUGCUUUUAGAAAUGUGGAGAGUGUUGUUCCCCUAUGUGGUUUGGUUCAUGAGGAAGCUUGA